AUUUGCCAAGCGAAGAAGUGACUGAUCACGGGCUUUUCGAAAUAUCGCGAGACUUCCCUCCCAACUCUGUUCGUGACCACGUCAAGGGAACCCACACAACCCAGAAGUUAGAAAUCAUGGCGGAGCGCAGGAGACACAAGAAGCGAAUCCAGGAGGUCAGUGAACCUACCAAGGAGGAGAAGGCGGUGGCCAAGUACCUGCGCUUUAACUGCCCCACCAAAUCCACCAACAUGAUGGGACAUCGAGUGGAUUACUUUGUCGCCUCCAAAGCAGUCGACUGUCUGCUGGAUUCAAAGUGGGCCAAAGCAAAGAAGGGCGAGGAAGCUUUGUUCACAACCAGAGAGUCGGCAGUGGACUACUGCAACAGGCUUCUAAAGAAGCAGUUUUUCCACCGAGCCCUGAAGGUGAUGAAGAAGAAGCCAGAGAAAGAUGUAAAGAAAGAGAAGGAAAAAGAGAAAGAAAAAGAUAAGGCUAAAAGUGACAGCGGCAAAGAAGAGGAGAAAAAAAGCAAAAAGGAUAAAGACAAAAAGAAGGACUCUGAGGCUACAGACACAAAGAAGGAAAAAAGUGAUGACAGUCCAGGAUCUCCAAAGAAGAAGAAGGAUGUGAAAAAGAAAUUCAAGCUGGAGCCUCAUGAUGACCAACUGUUCUUGGAUGGCAAUGAGGUUUAUUUUUGGAUUUACGAUCCAGUCCACUUUAAAACCUUUGCCAUGGGCUUGAUCCUAGUCAUUGCUGUGAUCGCAGCCACUCUGUUCCCGCUGUGGCCAGCUGAGAUGAGAGUUGGUGUGUAUUACCUGAGCGUGGCAGCAGGGUGCUUCGUCGCCAGCAUACUUCUCCUGGCCGUCGCUCGUUGCAUCCUGUUCCUGAUCAUCUGGCUUGUGACUGGUGGCCGUCAUCAUUUCUGGUUACUACCCAACUUGACAGCCGACGUGGGCUUCAUCGACUCCUUCCGCCCCCUCUACACCCACGAAUACAAGGGUCCGCGCUCCAGCUCCAAGAAAUCCAGCAGCGAGAAAUCCGACAACAAGGAUUCAAGCAAAGCGCAGAAAUCAGAUAGCGAGGACAAAUCGGACAGCGAGAAAAAAGACGGCGAUGAGGAAGAGGAUGAAGACGACAAUAAAGAAAUGGAUGCGGGCGAAGAACGUCAGUCGGACACGGACAGUGACAGACGGGAGGAUGAGGGGUCGCAGCACAGCAACGGCAACGACUUUGAAAUGAUCACCAGAGAAGAGCUGGAGCAGCACACAGAGGAAGAGGAAGAAGACGAGGAAGAGCAAAGUGAGACAAAGCCCUUGACUGUUCAGACAUAAACGGUUUCCUCACGCCGCACACAAACUCCCAUGCUCCAUGUGGACCUGCUGACGUACUUCUGUCAUGUUCGGAAGAUGUUUCCCAUUUCUGUUCAGGCUGAGAUCUUCCUCUGACAGACUUAAAGGUUCAAUGAGAGCAGGAAACGGCUAUGAUGACAAUGGAAAAUAUCGCAAAGGCUUUUUGGUUUUCUCUGAAAAUGCUUCCCCCCCACUGUGGAUGCAAGAACCGCAAGUCUCCCUGAGCCCUGUGUUUUUCUUUCAUCUUUGCUUUAUCUAAAGUCAAGUAUUCUGCUGUAUAAACAUGUCUGUAGUGGAUUGGUGAACCUUCACUAUGGUUUUUAACCCACAUAUGAAGGUUGAUUGUCCAAUCGAGAGAAAUUCAAAUCUGGACGUUUUUUUUUUUUUGUUUCUUUUCUUUGUGUACCGUUAGCUUAGAUACCUAAUAAGUGUUACCUAUCAUGAAUCUCAAUGGCUCUUGACCUGUGAUAUUUCUGUAGAAAUCUGGGAGAUCUUGCUCGGUUUGACAUGAGAGCUCUAUUUUCGUGGACUUGUGCAAACACGUUUUGUUACCCUGAAGAGAAAUAAUCCAUGUUAACGUAUAACAGAGAAGUUAAUAAAUCUGAACAGUAUCCUUGAUUGUAGUUGGCAGUUAUUUAAAACCAAACUCCAUUUGAGUCUCAUGAGGUCGACUGCGUUCAGAAGGGGAAACUACAUCCACAUUUGUGCCAAAUGUUGAGGGAUAUUGAUGUUUUUUUUUCGUAUACGUUCAAAUUCUGACCAAUUCCAGAGAAAUAGAGUUCAAACCUGUCAUGCCGUAGCUCACAUCCUUGCAUCAGAGCCUUUGUUUUUCCCAUCUGGUCUUUAAACGCUGAGGUUGAUAAAUUGUACUUCCCCGAGGGGCUCUGGUCCAAAAUAGCCUGUUAGUUAGUUCGCGUUUUAAUCGGGCUGAGGUCCAAUACUAUCCUUCUGUAGGGUUGCAUACUAUUGGCUAGAGUGUUAUUUUACAUUAGCUGUUUGUUUGUUUUCUGUUUUUUUUUACUCAUACUGAGGAUGAUAUUUAAGAAAUGAAAUACAAAUGUAUCAUUUAUAUAUGGAUUCUAUAAAUCUGCCAGAGAAGUUCAUGCCAUGUUCAUGUUCAGCAUGAACUGUACUCUAUUUUUUAAUGUCAGACACACAGGUUUUCAUUUUACUGCAUUUUCUACAAAUACUAAAACCGAUGAUGGUAAGAUUGCUUUUGGACAAUGUAUUCGAGUUAGAAUGCAGAAAACAUCUGUUCAUCUGCAAUGCUUUGACUCUAGUGGUUAUCAGAUGCGCACAAGAAGCUGCAAAGGUGGUUUCUCUAUAUUAAAAAACUGAGAACCCUUAUUAAAGCAUCCCUCAAAAUUCAAGGUCAUCCCAAGUUCACAAGGAGCAGGGAAACAAACCCCUCGUGCCCAAGUGAACGUCUUUUUUUUCUUUAAAUGCUAAGAAUCUUUAACCAUGUCUGUAAGUAGAUGAUCUUGUUGGUCACACUUAGUGUUCCUGUAGAAAUACUAUUGUCCUCAAUAUUCUGUCAUUGACUGAAGAUCUAGAUGGACUGGGUAUGACACCAUGUUUGUAACUAAAGACACACUUGUGUUUUCUUUCUAUGGAACUUUCCUCACUUUUGUUUUCUGUCCCACUGUCUUUGAGAGAAAGAUGUUGAAAUGCCAGAUUAUUUUUUUCAAUUGGCAGGACAUUUAAUUUGCCAUUGGCUGUCUGUCGUAAAAAAUGUAGUGUUACAUCAUUUAUAACUGAAAUCCCAUUAUUAUUUUUUUGUUAGCAUCUUCACAUAACUGUCUGUACUUGGAUUAAUGUUGAGGACUGUCUUUUUGCAAUAUAUGGAGAAUAAUUUAAGUGUCUGUCAGAAACUAUAUCUGUAUCCUUUAAUUGCAAUAAAAAUAUAGAACACAAGAAA